CCAAACCCGAAGAAACAGCUCUUCGCAGUUUCUUACAACCAAUUAUUCAUCUCUAUUGAAUGAAAAGGAGAAGACUGCGACACUAGUCCACAAAAAUAUUCUCAAACAAUUCCCUUCCAAAAUCUCCCGUCCAUGAAGAAAUCGACCACAAAUCGCCAAACGCCAAGGCAUUUUUCUUGAAGAGAUUUGCCGCGGGAUUUAUUUGUCGGGCAACUUUGCAUUAGGAACAAUGGGAAGUACCUUCAAUCCGCAGAUUUUAGUGGAAAAGUUGGCCAAGCUAAACAGUUCACAGCAAAGCAUUGAGACUCUAUCACACUGGUGUAUUUUUCAUAUGAACAAAGCGAAACAAGUUGUUGAAACAUGGGAUAAACAAUUCCAUUGUUCCCCUCGUGAGCAGCGAUUGGCUUUUCUUUAUCUUGCAAAUGAUAUUCUGCAGAACAGUAGACGAAAGGGUUCAGAAUUUGUUGGCGAGUUUUGGAAGGUUCUUCCUGAUACACUUCGUGAUGCAAUUGAAAAUUGGGAUGAGUUUGGAAGAAACGCUGCACUUCGGCUGAUCGGUAUUUGGGAGGAGAGAAAAGUUUUUGGUUCUCGAGGACAGAUUCUUAAGAAAGAGCUGGUGGGGAAGCACCUGGGUGAUGCUAACAGAAAUGGGAAGCAUUCAGGGUUCAAACUAAAACAUCCUGCUGGAAAUGCAUGGGACCAGAUAGUUUCCAGUUAUCAAGUUGUUUAUGGUGGUGUACUGGAUGAAGAUGAUAUAUUGAGUAAAUGUAGGACUGCCAUUAGCUGUGUUGAGAAAGUGAAUAAGGAAAUUGGUGGUGAUAUUAGAUCAGGGCAACAUGGGUCUGGCAUUAUGGAGGAGCUUAAGGGACAGCACAUUAUUUUGAGGGAUUGUAUUGAACAGCUAACAGCCAUUGAAGUAUCAAGAGCCAGUCUUGUGUCUCAUCUAAGAGAGGCCCUUCAAGAACAGGAAUAUAAGCUGGAUCAAGUCCGUAAUGAACUCCAGGCAGCGCAGUCCCAGUCAGAACAGGCAGGUAAUAUCUGCCGGCAGUUAGCAAAUUGCAACAAUGUGCAAUUGCCAGCUGAGCAGAGUAUGAAGGAAACUCACACGCCCAGAUCACCUCAAAAUUUUACAUCUGCAAAUGAAGAACAAUCAGUUCCAGUGAUGUACACCCGACAGGUACCUUUUGCCGAAAAGUCUCUCCACGUUGAAGAUCAGAAAUCUGUAGCGGCUUCUGUUGCGGCAAAGCUAACCGCAUCGACGUCCUCAGCCCAGAUGCUCACUUACGUCCUUUCGUCUCUGGCAUCAGAGGGUGUCAUUGGCAAUUCAAUGAAAGAAUCUUCAAGUAAUUAUCCUUCUGAAAAAAGACCUAAGCUUGAGAAUGACCAUUCUUCUUCUUAUAUACCUUCUCAGAAUCCUCAAGCAACCGUUCCAUCUUUUCCACAUUCCAACCUAUCGCAGCAGACUCUCCCAGUAACCUCCCAGGAGCCAACUUCAAAUGAGCAACCACCUCCUCCUCCACCGUCCCCUCCACCAUUGCCACCGUUGCCACCCCCUAUGCUGCCAUAUCCGAUGCCCCAGUUCAUGCAGACUUCUGGCUCAAUACCUAGUGUACCAUAUGGAUAUGGUGUAACCCAACAGCAGCAGCCGCCCUUGCAUGGUUAUCCCAAUGUAGGGGCUCCGAUCAAUGGGGUCCCUCCUUUUAUGGCCCCUCCAGCAAACAUUUAUCAGGGUUAUCCGGCUGAAAACAGCUUUUAUAAUCAGCCAUCAUCAUCCUUGCCAAUGGCACCUAUCACUCGCCAGUAGGAUUACCAGUCUUAAGUGGUGCUCGGAAGGAGGAGAUUGGGCUUGGUAUUCAUAGACACUUUAUACCACAUCAAGCUUCUAGGUACCUUUCAGAAGCCUGAUACUAUUCUUACAACUAUGCUUCAGGCUACUCAUGUUAAUUAGUUCUGCUCGUUGUAUGCGUGUGUAAUGUAUAUUAUUCUAACUUGUUUUGAAUUCUUGGAGUUAAGAUAAUUUUAUUGUAAUUGUGUAGGCGAAAGUAAGAGCAUCGUUGUUGUGUCAAUUAAUUCA